UUGUGCUGUCCAAUCUGCACAUCCUCAACUCCACCUAUCUCCGCCAAUGCGUAGCUUAACUCCGCAACAACAACCCAUUGCUUGCAGCUGAACGCCUGACAGGCUCCCGCAAGAGCAUCUUAUACUAAAUCCUGCAGACCGUGAAACGAGCAUAUAUCAGCUAGUUGCCCACGAAACAAGCCUUGGGCCAUUAUCGCUGCUGAUUCAUUUCCAAACGCUUGCCAAAGCCCUCAAAAUGACAUCCCCAACAACGGAACCAACGAGGAUCCUCCUCCUCGGCGCCGGCGAGCUAGGUCUCGCCGUUCUUUCUUCCAUCUCCUCACUGCCCAACACCCACAUCACCCUGGGCGUGCGCUCGCCUUCAAAAUCCACGCAUCUCCGCUCCUUCAACAUCGAGCUUGCGGAGAUAGACCUGACCUCGCCCUCCGCUCCACUGGUGAAGACGUUCAGCUGCUACCCCAUCGUAAUCAGCUGCACAGGAUUCGCAUCCUCGCCGGGCGCGAUGACAAAGAUUGCCACUGAGAUCCUGGAAGCAGGGACGCUGAGGAAGCAGAGAGGCGACGGCAGAUUAUGGUUCUUCCCCUGGCAGUGGGGUGUCGACUACGACGUCACACUUGACGGCAACGGGUUGAUGCCGCUGUUUGGCGAGCAGAAACGUGUGCGCGAUCUCCUGCGGAAGAGGGCAGAGAAGAGCAGUGUCAACUGGACGGUCGUGAGUACGGGGGUCUUCAUGUCUUUUCUGUUUGAGCCGUUUUGGGGCAUUGUCGAUCGCUCAGAAGAGGAAUCAGGCAAGGUGAGGGUAAGGUGUCUGAGGGAUUGGGAGCACGGGAUUACUGUUACGGAUGUUAAGGAUAUUGGCAGGGUCGUCGGGAGGAUUCUGGUGGGCGAUGUCGAUGCUAAGGACAAAGUUCUGUAUGUUGCAGGCGAUUCGAUGAGAUACAAUGACUUGGCGGCUAUUGUUGAAAAUGUGAUUGGGCAUGGGGUCGUAAAAGAGGCAUGGGGUGUUGGACAUCUACAGGAGGAGCUGAGAAACGACCCAGAGGACGGCAUCAAAAAGUACAGACUGGUUUUUGCUGGUGAAGGGGUUAUUUGGAAAAAGGAGAACACGGUGAAUCAUCAGCUAGGAAUGGAUAUGACGGAUGUGGAAACGUACGCAAAGGGGCUCUUCAGUAUGCAGGCUGGAUAGCAUUAUCUAGUGUAGAUGUCCCUCUCUACCUCGGUGGUGUGCGCACUGCUGUACCACCAUGAGUACAGUCUUAUGGAUGAAGCACCAGUACACCAGGGUAGCGUUCAGAACCACUCUGCUGGAGCUGCCGGCUCUAUCUUCAACCUUGACGGCAAUGCAGCUGCAUUCGCCCCUGUAGCAGCUGUAUACAUUCU